GACCCGUGCUGCUACCGUGUCGAGUCGUGUCGAGUCGAGUCGAGUCGAGUCGUGUCGAGUCGAGUCGAGUCGAGUCGAGUCGAGCUACAUGUGCGAUGGAAAAGCGGCAUGUUAGUUCGAUAUUUGAAAAGUCUGUUGGUUGUUAGUUAGUUAGUUAGUAAGGGCUUGUCUCCUGAUAUUGUCUCUAUUGAACCUCUCACUAGAUUCUCUCUGAGGCUUAAGGCUUUUCGAUCGUUUCUUCAAAUAGUAAUGUUAAUGUCUGUCUGUCUGUCUGCCGCCUGUCUGCCUGUCGGCCUGCCUGUCUGUGUGUCUGCUAAGAGAACUGCAGGACUGUGUUUUGGCGCCAUCUGCUGACAGAUUUUAAGCACUCAGCAAUGAGGUAGCAUGGAGUAUAAGUAGUUAACAAGUUUAUGCUUAGUUAGUAGUAGUAGUUGGUAAAGUAGAAAAAUAUUUGACUUUUUGAAUGGUGUUUUUUGAAUUUGAAAUUUGACUUUUAUCCGAUAAUGCCCGCUUUUUGUUCAGCUCUUCUUUGUGUUGUGUGUUUAUUAAUCAUACAAAUGUAAAAAGUGUUCACAAGGGUAACAGGGUAAAUGGAGACACCUUAGCAAUACCAAGUGACAUACGUUAUAAAUGUGUAUUGUGUGUGUGUGUGUGUGUGUGUGUGUGUGUGUGUGUGUGUGUGUGUGUGUGUGUGUGUGUGUGUGUGUGUGUGUGUGUGUGUGUGUGUGUGUGUGUGUGCAUGCGUCGUGCGUGCGCGAGCACGCGUCCUUUUGCGUGUGCGUGUGCGUGUGUGUGUGUGUGAGGCGGCCGCUGGUGUCCCGGGUCAGACUGGUGUUCUUCAUCUCUCAUCAUGGCGGAGAAGCCGAGCUGGCCGAUCACGAGGGACUCCUACGAGCUGGAGACAGUCAUCGGUCAGUAUCUGAUCAACUAGAACCAGAAGAGGGAGCGACUCUGAGGCCGGGGGGCCACGGCCGUGGUCCAGGCCGCUCUCUGCUCCCCCAGACGGGAACGCGUCGCCAUCAAGAGGAUCAACUUGGAGAAAUGUCAGACCAGCAUGGAGGAGCUGCUGAAGGAGAUCCAGGCCUGGAGUAGCUGCAGCAAUCCCAACGUGAAGGAGAUCCAGGCCUUGAGUGGCUGCAGCCAUCCCAAUGUGGUGAGCUACUUCACCUCCUUCGUGGUGAGAGACGAGCUGUGGCUGGUCAUGAGGCUGCUGGGAGGCGGGUCAAUGCUGGAUAUCAUCAAAGGCGCCAGCAAGGAGGAGCAGAGAAGCGGAGGGCUGGAUGAGCCGAUCAUUGCCACCAUAUUAAAAGAAGUCUUAGAAGGCCUGGACUACCUGCACAGACAUGGACAGAUACACAGGGACGUGAAGGCAGGAAACAUCUUGCUGGGAGAUGACGGUUCUGUUCAGAUUGCAGAUUUCGGAGUAAGUUCGUUUCUAGCCACAGGGGGCGACAUCUCCAGGAACAAAGUCCGGAAGACCUUCGUCGGAACGCCAUGCUGGAUGGCCCCCGAGGUCAUGGAGCAGGUACGAGGCUACGACUUCAAGGCUGACAUCUGGAGCUUCGGGAUCACAGCUAUCGAGCUGGCCACAGGCUGUGCUCCUUACCAUCAGUAUCCACCCAUGAAGGUCCUAAUGCUGACCCUGCAGAACGACCCUCCAAGCUUAGAGACCGGUGUCGAGGACAAGGAGCUGCUUAAGAAAUAUGGAAAAUCAUUUAGAAAGCUAAUAACUAUGUGCCUUCAAAAGGACCCCACCAAAAGGCCCACAGCAGCAGAACUUUUGAAGUGUAAAUUCUUUCAAAAAGCAAAGAACAGAGAGUAUCUGGUGGAGACACUCAUGAGUCAGGCCCCAAAGAUACAGAAACAGCGAGCCAAGAAGGUGAGGAGGCCCUCAGGCUCCAGCGGCCGUCUGCAGAAGAUGGCGGACGGGGCCUGGGAGUGGAGCGAAGAGCAGCCGGACACGGGCCCCCGGGAGGCGGGGGCGGGGGGCCUGAAUGACAGGAAAGCCAACAUGGUCCCAAUGGUCACGCGGACUCUUCAGCACCCCCAGGUGGAGCCCUUCCAGAACGACGCCUUCAUGGACGGUGUGGUUAACCUGGUCCUACGGCUGAGGAACGGCAGGAAGGAGUUGAACGACAUCCGUUUUGAAUUCAGCCCGGGCCGAGACACCUCGGAGGGCGUGUCCCAGGAGCUGUACUCCGCCGGAUUGGUCCACGGACAUGAUGUCAUGAUCGUGGCUGCUAACCUUCAGCGGAUGGUUGAUGACCCAAACACCUACAAAGUACUCACUUUUAAACUCGCCUCCAGCUGCGACGACUCAGAGACCCUGGAUGAGGUGAAGCUGACCGGCUUCGCCCAGCUGAGUGUCAUCUGACCACCGAACCCUCCCUUGGAACCCUAAGGGAGGGGGUCAGGGUUAGGAACGCACUGCCUCCCCUAAUCCUGACCCCUACCCUAACCAUAGCCCAGCCUAACCCUAACCAAGCCUUACAGAGACCAGGAGGGACCAGGAGGGACAGAGACCAGUAAGGACAGGGACCAGGAGGGACAGAGACCAGGUGGGACCAGGAGACAGAGACCAGGAGG